AUGAGUCUAAAGGCAUCACUCUCAUGUCUUACCAUGUUUAAUUGCCUGAAUUUCUUAAUGUACUAUGCGGGUUUGAAUUAAUCCGCUUCCCGGUGAAAGUAAGAAUGAAUAUACUGGGCAAAUCGAGCUGUAUAUGGAUAUAUCUCGUCUUCGUGCUGCUGGAUUGUUACUCUGAAACGGUUUCUGGGCAGCUCUCUUACUCCGUCUCAGAGGAGGUGAAUCUGGGGACUGUUGUCGGAAAUGUCGCGAAAGAUCUGAGCAUCAAUGUCCAGGAUUUGGAGCCCCGCAUGUUUCAAAUCGUUGCUGGAUCAAAGAGGAAAUAUUUCGAGGUAAAUCUAAAAACUGGAGCCCUCUAUGUUAACGGGAGAAUAGAUCGAGAGGAGCUUUGUGGUAAUGACGCCAAAUGCUCACUCAGUGUAGAAGCUGUUAUUAAUAAUCCACUGAAACUGUACCGUAUGGAAAUUACGAUUUUAGAUGUAAAUGAUAAUUCCCCUUCAUUUGAGAGUACGUUGCAAUCAAUGAACAUUACUGAGAGCACAGCGGCGGGAGCGAAAUUUCCUCUGCAUCAAGCUCAGGAUGCCGACGUGGGUAAAAACACUGUAAACACCUACAAGCUGAGUCAAAAUGAACAUUUCUCUCUUGAUGCACACAAAGUUCAGGGUGUAACUCCUGAGAUGGUGCUUCAGAAAGUUUUAGACAGGGAAAAACAGUCUGUGAUUACGCUCACAUUGACUGCCAUCGAUGGAGGAACACCUGCUAAAUCCGGAAGCAUGACAAUAAUAGUUAAUGUAUUGGACAGUAAUGACAAUCCUCCUGUUUUCAGCCAAAGGUUGUAUAAAGCCAGAGUCUACGAAAAUGUUAAAAUAGGCACAUCAAUAAUCACAUUAAAUGCGACUGAUUUAGAUGAAGGACAAAAUGGAAAAGUGAUUUAUUCAUUUAGUGAAGUUGGUCAGGGGAAACAAACUAAUUCAUUUGUUAUAGAUGAGAAAACAGGAACUGUAACGAAUAAAAGGAAUAUUGACUAUGAAGAAAGUAAUGCUUUUGAACUUCGAGUACAAGCCAAUGAUGGAGCCUCUUCCCCUCUCACGUCACAUGCCAAAUUACUGAUUGAGGUUUUAGAUGCUAAUGACAACGCACCUGAAAUUUCACUCACAUCGCUGUUGAACACUGUUAAAGAGGACGCAUCAGUUGAAACAGCCAUUGCCCUUGUUUCAGUAUUUGAUAAAGAUGGAGGUAAAAAUGGGAUGGUGACAUGUAAAAUUUCUAAUAAUGUUCCUUUUAAAUUGGAGUCAAACUACAAGAAUUCAUAUUCAUUAGUUGUGGACGGUCCACUUGACCGAGAGACUGCACCUCAGUACAACAUCAGCAUCACUGCUACUGAUGAGGGCAGCCCACCUCUCUCCAGCACGAGUGUUAUAACUGUUCAUGUGUCAGAUGUAAAUGACAACAAACCUCAGUUUUCAGAAGGUGUGAUCAACAUCUACGUGAAAGAAAACAGUCCAGUAGGAGCAGUUAUUAAAACAGUGACAGCAGCUGAUGCAGACAUUGAUCAAAAUAGUCAAGUGAGCUAUUCCUUUUUACAAAGCAGCAGUGACUCAGUGCCGUUAUCUACAUUAUUAAACAUCAACUCAGAGACUGGAGACAUAAUUACUCUGCAGUCUUUUAACUAUGAGGAGUUAAAAACAUUCCAGUUUAAAGUUCAGGCCACAGACUCUGGUGUUCCUCCGCUCAGCAGCAACGUCACUGUCAACGUUUUAGUCCUGGAUGAAAAUGACAACAGUCCCACGAUUCUCGCGCCAUAUUCUCAGCACGGCUCCGUUAACAGUGAGAGCAUCCCCUAUUCUGCUGAAGCGGGAUACUUUGUGGCAAAGAUCAGGGCUGUAGACGCAGACUCUGGAUACAAUGCGCUGCUUUCUUAUCACCUGUCUGAGCCCAAAGGAAACAACUUGUUCAGGAUCGGAACCAGCACCGGGGAGAUCAGGACUAAGAGGAGAAUGAGUGACAAUGACCUCAAAACUCACCCCUUGGUGGUCUUGGUCUCUGAUAACGGAGAGCCCUCCCUGUCAGCUACUGUGUCUGUUGAUGUGGUGGUGGUUGAAAGCACGGCUGAAAUCCAGACUCAGUUCAGACAUGUGCCUGUAAAGGAGGACAGCUUCUCGGAUUUGAACCUGUAUCUGCUGAUCGCCAUUGUGUCGGUGUCCGUCAUUUUUCUGCUCAGCCUCAUCACUUUAAUAGCAGUCAGAUGCCACAGGACAGACGGCACUUUCAGCAGGUACAGCGCCCCCAUGAUCACCACCCACCCUGACGGGAGCUGGUCUUACUCGAAAGCUACUCAGCAGUAUGACGUGUGUUUCAGCUCAGACACACUCAAGAGUGACGUAGUAGUUUUCCCCGCCCCGUUUCCACCUGUAGAUGCAGAACUGAUCAGUAUUAACGGAGGAGACACUUUUACCAGGACUCAGACUUUACCUAACAAAGAAAAGGUAAGGAAGUACUAA